AUGGCAGACUAUGCUAACGCGGUCCAACAAAAGUUCCUUCAAGAGGGGGAGGAGGAUGAGGUCCCUGCUCCAUAUACUGUUUCUGGUUCUCAGAUUGGCUGCCAAUCUGUCUCUCCUACUCCUGUGGACUCCAGCCAAGCCUUGCAUGAAGUGCAUGAGUCAAAGUUUAUCGAAAUAAUUGUUCAGGAGAUUGUGAGUAAAUUGGAUUUCACAGUCUUAAGUGUUACCCCCUAUCAAACUGGAAUAGAUUCUCAUGUAAAAGACAUUAAUCUAUGGUUCCAAGGUGGGUUGAACAAUGUCAGCGUAAUGGUGAUAUGUGGGAUGGGUGGAAUAGGGAAGACAACCAUCGCAAAAAUUAUUUAUAACCAAAACUUCGACAAAUUUGAAGGUAGCAGUUUUCUUGCAAAUAUUAGAGAAACUGCAAAACAACCUAACGGUUUGGUUUGUUUGCAGAGACAACUUGUUUCAGAUAUUCUGAUGUGGAAUAAGGGAAGAAUAUACUGUGUUGCUGAGGGAAUCAAUAAGAUUAAAGAUGCUAUGUGCUGUAAAAGAGUUCUAGUUGUUCUUGAUGAUGUUGAUGAUUUGGACCAAGUAAAUGCAUUAUUGGGGAUGCAAGAUUGGCUUCAUCCAGGAAGUAAGAUUAUGAUAACUACUAGACAUGUGCAAUUGCUAAAGGCUGAUGAAGUAUACAAGUCGUAUGUGGUUAAGGAAUUGAAUGAUGAUGAAGCACUCUGUCUCUUCAGUCGGCAUGCCUUUGGACAAGACAAACCUAUUGAAGCUUACAUGGAGCACUCAAAAAGGGUAAUACACCACUGUGGUGGCCUUGCGCUAGCUCUGGAAGUCUUGGGCUCUUCUCUGUCUGGUGAAACUAUUGAUGUGGAGAGAAAAUUACUGGCUGGUUACGAUCUUAGACCUAUGGGGGCGGGUUGGGGUCGCGACAGUUUCUUUGUUGGAAAGGACAAAGAUUACACAGUUAAAAUACUAAAGGAAUGUGAUUUCUCCAUAACAAUUGGUAUUCAAAAUCUCACUCAUAGAGGUCUCAUAGAAGUUAAUAAAGAUAACAAGCUGAUAAUGCACUAA